AUGGAAGAUUUAGAGUUUCAGGUGAAGAGAGUAAGGAUCUCAUUUGAAGCCUCAACAAUCUCUACACAAGAAAUUGAUAAUGAAAUGGAUAUUGGGAGAUCAAUUAUGACAAAUACACAUAAUGUGAUGUGCUUUCCUUUUGCUGUCAAUAUACAAGAAUCUAUCAACUAUAUAAGUAUAUCAAAUCAUGCUCACAAAGGACGUUUCCAUGAUCCUCCUAUUUCUAGUGCUGAAAAAGAUUAUCAAGAAUAUUUUAGACAACAAUGCAUACCUCUGACAGAAAUCAAACCAUAUAAGCCAAACCAAACAACCUUCUCAAAUGCCGAUGUUGGACAGUUGGCCUUUUUUGCUUUAAAAAUUUUUCGAAUUCAACCAACACUUCUUAAGUAUGAUAAUUCAGGAUGGCAGUGGCUUAUUACACUUCUUCAACGGACUCCAGAAGAAUUAGGGUGGAGAGAGUCAGAAAUUUCUUACAAUAAUAAUUCUGAUUGCAUUAAACUUCUAAAAUGGCUAGGACAUGAAAGAACUGCACAGGUCUUUGAGGGGAUUGUUUUAAAGGGACAGCAUGCAGAUCACAGGAUUGCAGUAAAGAUUGCACGAAAUUCAAUGUGUAAAAAGAUCAAAGAAGAAGUGGAUAUUCUUACGACAUUGAAGGGAAGUGAUGAUUUAGAUAGAAUAAUUAACAUCAUACAAAAUGUUCAUACACAAGGUAUCGUGCAUCGGGAUCUUCGUAGGUGUAAUAUCCUCAGAGAUAGGGAUACUGGAACUGUCCACGUUAUGGAUUGGGGGUAUGCUGUAAAUAUUAUUAACCUUUCAUUACCAUUUGCUGGUGGACUUGACUGUGCAUCAGAUUUAGUGUUGGAAUCAGUGAGGGAUAGAAAGGAGAUUGUUUAUCAGAAGUCAGAUGAUUUAAUUAGUCUAUUGAGAAGUUUUUACUUGGUUUUACAUGGACAGGUUGGUUCAGUUGCACUUCCUCUAGGAAAUACAAAUUGUCAAGAGUAUGCUAGAUUUUUGGAAAAUCCAUGGGAAAUCCAACUUAUGGAAGGAGCUAUUUGA